UAAUGAAUCAACAACCACUCGUUUUCAAGGCCGUGUCCUAUAAUAGUGACCGGUUUUGAUUUUAGAGAUUCUGCUUUCGCUCUCUUACUUGUUUCUUUAACCACAAUUUCUAUUCUUGAUAAUAUAUCCUCCGGAUCUGAAGCAAAAUCCUUAAAAACAAGAGUUGCCCUAAUUAUAGACAAAGUAUGUUAAGGGAAACCGUUGGUGAUUUCAAAAUGAAAACCGUUGGCUUAUUAAUAAUACACCUUUGUGUCCUCGAACCCUCUCAUGCCCUUCUAUAAGCAGCCUUGGGCCUUUUCCAAGGUUUUUGUUUUAGCCAUGGCUAAACCUCCGUCCUUUGGCUGCUGCUUCUUCCUCUUAUUCUUCUCCUUCUUAUCUUCUUUCUUUGUCUCAUUUGCCCUAACCGAUACAGAAGCUGCCUUCAUUGUUCAGCGACAGCUCUUAACCUUACCAGACAACGGCGAACUUCCUGAUGAUAUCGAAUACGAGGUUGAUCUCAAGGCUACAUUUGCCAACACCAGGCUUAAGAGAGCUUACAUCGCUCUUCAGGCUUGGAAAAAGGCCAUAUUUUCAGACCCGUUUAACACCACGGGAAACUGGCAUGGCCCGCACGUGUGCAGCUACACCGGUGUGGUUUGUGCGCCGGCUCUUGAUGAUUCCGAUGUCACAGUUGUAGCUGGUGUUGACCUCAACGGUGCGGAUAUCGCAGGGCAUUUGCCUGCUGAGCUUGGUUUGAUGACAGAUGUUGCUAUGUUCCAUUUGAAUUCAAACCGGUUUUGCGGGAUCAUACCUAAAAGCUUUGAGAAGCUGAAGCUAAUGCACGAAUUCGAUGUCAGUAACAACCGUUUCGUUGGACCUUUCCCUAAAGUCGUCCUUUCUUGGCCUAAUGUCAAAUACAUUGACCUUAGGUUCAACGAUUUCGAAGGUCAAGUCCCUCCUGAGCUUUUCAAGAAAGAACUUGACGCCAUUUUCUUGAACGACAAUAGAUUCACCUCGGUGAUUCCUGAAUCUCUAGGGGAAUCUCCGGCCUCGGUUGUGACUUUUGCUAACAAUAAAUUCACUGGAUGUAUCCCUAAGAGUAUCGGAAACAUGAAGAAUCUCAACGAGAUUGUCUUUAUGGACAAUGAUUUGGGAGGUUGUUUCCCAUCUGAAAUUGGGAAGUUAUCUAAUGUAACGGUUUUCGAUGCAAGCAAGAACUCGUUUAUAGGUCGUCUCCCGACUAGUUUUGUCGGGUUAACGAAUGUGGAGGAAUUUGAUAUCUCCGGGAACAAACUCACCGGACUUGUACCGGAUAACAUUUGCAACUUGCCUAACUUGGUGAACUUCACUUACUCCUACAAUUACUUCAAUGGACAAGGUGGUUCGUGUGUUCCAGGUGGUGGUCGCAAGGAGAUUGCAUUGGACGACACACGUAAUUGCUUGCCUGCUCGACCUGACCAACGAUCCUCCCAAGAAUGUGCGGUUGUGAUCAACCGCCCGGUUGAUUGUAGCAAGGAUAAGUGCGCUGGUGGCGGAGGUGGUGGCUCAUCUACUCCAUCGAAACCAUCACCGGUCCACAAACCAACGCCAGUUCCAACUACGCCGGUUCCCAAACCAACGCCAGUUCCUACUACGCCGGUUCACAAACCAUCGCCAGUACCAACUACGCCCGUUCACAAACCAACGCCAGUUCCAACUACGCCGGUUCCCAAACCAACGCCAGUUCCUACUAAGCCGGUUCACAAACCAUCGCCAGUUCCAACUACGCCCGUUGACAAACCAUCGCCAAUUCCAACUCCGCCAGUUCCAUCUCGGCCGGUUCAAAAACCACAACCACCAAAAGGGUCACCUCAACCGGAUGAUCCUUAUGAUCAAUCUCCAGUGACGAACAGGCGCAGCCCUCCUCCACCUCAUCAAUUCCAACCUCCGGUGGUUUCUUCUCCUCCUCCGGCCCCGGUCAACUCUCCACCACCACCUCCUCCUCCACCUGUUCACUCUCCGCCACCACCGGUUCACUCUCCACCACCACCUGUUCACUCUCCGCCACCGCCAGUCCACUCUCCUCCACCGCCACCGCCUGUUCACUCUCCUCCACCGCCUGUCUUUUCGCCACCGCCACCGCCUGUCCACUCACCUCCACCGCCACCACCUCCAGUCUACUCUCCACCGCCGCCACCUCCAGUAAAUUCCCCACCGCCACCUGUUCACUCACCGCCGCCCCCAGUCCAUUCGCCACCACCCCCUCCGGUUCACUCACCGCCGCCACCGGUUCAUUCCCCACCGCCACCAGCACCUGUUCAUUCAGCGCCGCCACCAGUACACUCGCCACCACCACCGGUCUAUUCUCCUCCAGCUCACCCGCCGAAGGCCAGUUCACCACCACAAACACCACUCAAACCAUCACCAUCCCCAACGAUCUUUUCUCCACCGCCGCCGCAAUUUCCACCUGUAGUCUACUCUCCUCCGCCAAGACCGCCCAAGAUCAACUCCCCACCGGCUCAAGCACCAGCUCCAAGUGAUGAUGAAUUCAUCAUACCGCCGUUCAUCGGCCACCAAUACGCAUCGCCACCACCGCCAAUGUUCUCAGGCUACUAAACUCAAUCGAGGAGAGAAGAAUUCUAUAUAUGAGUAGCAGCUGUAUCGUCUUGGACUAAUUGUAGUAAAACUAAGAAAAGAAAAAAGUUGAGGAAGAGGAAGAGAAAAGAAAAAAUUGCUAUAUCCAAAAAAAAAAAUAGAAGAAGAAAAAACUGAAGGGUAAUGUGUAAAUGAGUUGUUGUAACAAGAGGUCGUAUAAAUAUGUACAUUACAACUUCUUAUGGUCGAUACAGAUUUAUACUCUU